CAGAAGCACUGUCAAGAUGAUCAUCUUAUGGAUUACAUUGUUUUUAAUUCACCAAGGAUAUACUGUAGUUCCAGUGAAAACUGUUCAGCUUGGUGAACCAGCGACUAUAACAUGUGCUAUACCCAAAGAGCUCAGCAGUAGAGGAGUCCACUGGUACAAGCAGAGUUUUGGGGGAACUCUGAAGUUAAUAGUGACAGUAUUCAAAUCUACAGAACCUACUUUUGGUCCUGAAUUUACUAGUUUGAAAUUUGACAUAGGUGAUGAUUUUGCCAGCCUGACCAUUUUGAAAGCAGAUCAAGAUGAUGAGGGAAUCUAUCACUGUGCAAACACAGAAAGGAUUGGAGUUAAAUGGAGUGGGACGUAUUUGUUGGUAAAAGGAAACACUCAGAGGACAUCAAACUAUACAGUGAGUCAGCUGCAGAUAGAAUCAAACCCAGUUCGUUCAGGAGACACGAUGACUCUUCAGUGUAAAGUCUUCUCUGACUCUGACAACCAGACAUGUCCAGGAGGUCUCAAUAUUCUCUGGUUUAGAGCUGGAGCAAAUCAAGCUCAUCCCAACAUCAUCUACACUGACACAAACAACUAUGAUGAAUGUGAGAAAAGAUCUGACACUCAGAAAAGAUGCAUUUAUCACUUCUCUAAGAACGUCAGCUCCUCCGAUGCAGGGACUUACUACUGCGCUGUGGCCACAUGUGGAGAGAUAUUAUUUGGAAAUGGGACGACACUCGAACUUGAUGAUUUUACUCGCACCAUUUACAAAGGCUUGAACCGCAGCCAGGUACUCCAUCUCAUCGCCCUCACUGAUGCAUACAACCACCACAGAGUCAUCAGAAAACUUCUGAGGAUGGCAGGUCUAUGUGCAGUGGCUGAAGUCUGUGGUGUAGAGGUUGAAGAGGAAAGGGGAGAGGACAGUCCCUUGUGGUGCGCCUGUGUUGCUGCUAACCUUGUCAGACACAUAAUGUUGAAGACACACAUGUUGUGGUCUUCCUGUGAGGUAAUCAACAACCCAGGACACCAGAGAGGCAUCCACCUGCAUUGCUGUGGGCUUAUCACCCAGGAGGGUCGGCCUGAUGUUAUUGAAAACAUGACCCUCACUGUGCUCGCUGGCUGGUCCAGAUGGGCAUAG